AUGGCGAACCCUAAAACCAGGAGUUCCCAUGCGCUGGGUGGCGAGGACGAUAUUGAAUCCCGCGAAUCGCGGUGGGUUUUCCAGGAAGACGAGGAUCCCUCUGAGAUCGAGGACUUCGACGCCACCGAUUUGCGCCACCAGCCUAUGUUCGAUUCCGAGGAUGAGGAUAAUGCUGAGCAGAGACUCGUUCGCACCGGUCCGCGAAUCGAUUCAUUCGAUGUUGAAGCUCUCGAGGUUCCAGGCGCUCAGAGAAACGACUACGAGGUGAUUGCGAGCUUGAUUUCCGCAUACGAAACGUUGAAUUGUGAUGUAACAGUGAUGCGCAUUGAUGUUAGUGUGGGGAAGGGGAUUUUGUUGGCUUUUCAAACUCUUGGUGUUGUUUUUGGCGAUGUUGGAACGAGUCCUUUGUAUACGUUCAGGGUUAUUUUCAGGAAGGCUCCUAUUAAUGGAAAUGAAGAUAUUCUUGGAGCUUUAUCACUUGUUUUGUACACUUUAAUCUUGAUUCCUUUACUGAAGUAUGUCCUUGUUGUUCUGUGGGCCAAUGAUGACGGGGAAGGUGGUACGUUUGCGUUGUACUCGUUGAUUUGUCGUAAUGCUAAGGUGAGUCUUCUUCCCAAUCAGUUGCGAUCGGAUGCCCGAAUAUCGGGCUUUAGACUAAAGGUGCCAUCUCCCGAGCUUGAAAGGUCUUUAAAAAUCAAGGAAAGGCUAGAGACUUCGCUGAAUCUUAAGAAGAUUCUUCUAUUAUUAGUUCUUGCUGGAAUUUCCAUGGUGAUAGCUAAUGGGGUGGUUACGCCAGCAAUGUCAGUACUAUCAUCUGUUAAUGGUUUGAAAGUUGGGGUAGAUGCAAUUAAACAAGAUGAAGUGGUGAUGAUUUCUGUUGCCUGCCUUGUCGUUUUGUUCAGUGUACAGAAAUAUGGAACAAGUAAAAUGGGGCUUUUUGUAGGACCUGCUUUGUUUAUAUGGUUUUGUUCUCUUGCGGGCAUUGGUGUAUACAAUCUUGUAAAAUAUGACAGCAGUGUCCUGAGGGCAUUUAAUCCUAUUCACAUAUAUUAUUUCUUUGCAAGGAAUUCAACUAAAGCAUGGUAUUCUCUUGGGGGCUGUAUUCUGUGUGCAACUGGCUCUGAGGCUAUGUUUGCAGAUCUUUGCUAUUUCCCUGUACGGUCAGUUCAGCUUACAUUUGUAUUUGUUGUUUUACCGUGCCUACUGUUGGGUUAUUUGGGACAAGCUGCAUACCUGAUGGAAAACCAUGCUGAUGCUGGCAAUGCCUUCUAUUCUUCUGUUCCAAGUGGAGCAUUCUGGCCAACUUUCCUCAUUGCCAACAUUGCUGCAUUAAUUGCAAGUCGCGCAAUGACAACAGCCACAUUUUCUUGUAUAAAACAGUCUGCUGCACUUGGUUGUUUCCCUCGUCUUAAAAUAGUUCAUACCUCUCGGAAAUUUAUGGGCCAGAUCUAUAUCCCUGUCAUAAAUUGGUUUCUCUUGGCCGUUUCUUUGGUCUUUGUCUGUACUAUAUCGAACAUUGAUGAGAUUGGAAAUGCAUAUGGCAUUGCUGAGCUGGGGGUGAUGAUGAUGACCACUAUUUUAGUAACACUUGUUAUGCUUCUUAUAUGGCAGAUACACAUCAUUAUAGUGCUUAGUUUUGCAGUAGUCUUCCUGGGACUGGAGUUGACUUUCUUUUCGUCAGUUUUGUGGAGUGUAACCGAUGGAAGUUGGAUUAUAUUGGUCUUUGCUGGAAUAAUGUUUUUUAUAAUGUUUGUAUGGAAUUAUGGGAGCAAGCUCAAGUAUGAAACUGAAGUAAAGCAAAAGCUUUCAAUGGAUUUAAUGCGAGAAUUAGGCUGUAAUCUUGGGACAAUACGAGCUCCUGGGAUCGGUUUGCUCUAUAAUGAGUUGGUCAAAGGAAUUCCAGGCAUUUUUGGGCAUUUUCUAACCACACUUCCAGCAAUACACUCUAUGAUUAUAUUUGUGAGUAUUAAGUAUGUUCCAGUUCCUAUGGUACCUCAAAGUGAAAGGUUCCUUUUUCGGCGAGUUUGCCAAAGAAGCUAUCAUAUAUUUCGUUGCAUUGCCAGGUAUGGUUACAAAGAUGUUCGCAAAGAAAAUCACCAAACUUUUGAGCAACUGCUGAUGGAGAGCCUAGAGAAGUUUAUACGUCGUGAAGCUCAGGAGAGGUCGCUCGAGAGUGAUGGGGAUGAUGAUUCUGAUUCUGAGGAUGACUACUCUGCUUCUAGGGUUCUUAUAGCUCCCAAUGGGAGUGUUUAUUCACUUGGCGUUCCUCUUCUGGCUGAUUUUAUUGAUACAAACAUACCCAAACCCAAUUUUGAAGCCAGCACAUCUGAGGAGGCAAACCCUGAAUCUCCUAAGCCCCCAGGGAUAGAUGCUGAGCAGAGUCUUGAAAGAGAGUUAUCUUUUAUACGCAUGGCUAAAGAAUCUGGAAUUGUUUACCUUCUUGGUCACGGGGAUAUACGGGCUAGGAAAGACUCAUGGUUUAUCAAGAAGCUAAUUAUAAACUAUUUUUAUUCUUUUCUGAGAAAGAACUGCCGAAGGGGGAUCACAAAUUUAAGUGUACCCCAUUCGCAUCUGAUGCAGGUUGGAAUGACCUACAUGGUUUGA